CACACACACACGUUUACUGCGUUUACUGUGUUUACUGUCGCUGGAGCUCAAGGACAACAUGUUCAGAACAAUUUACCGGCACGCAAAGAAACAUCCAGGGCUCAUCCCUCAGUUCAUCUUCUUGCUGGCGGGUUUGAGCGGAGCUUCUCUCUAUCUGAUCCGACUGGCUCGAGGACCUCAUGUCAGCUGGGACAGGAGGAAUAACCCUGAACCGUGGAACAAACUCGACCCGACCUAUCAGUACAAGUUGGUGGCCAUCAACACAGACUAUGAGCGUCUGAAGAAGGAAGGACCUGACUUUUAAAAGACCUCAGAGGAUCAACACACACACACACACACACACACACACACACAGACACACACACAGUACCCCUGAUACUCCUGCAUCCACUGAAAACAAAUUAAAUCACUUAUUUUAAUAGCUAGCUAAAAAUAUGAAGCAGCACUGUUUUCAAGAUUAAUAAUAAUAAAUGUUUCUCGAGCAUCA